AUGGCCUCAAAAGAUGCGUAUUUAUUUGUAUGCAAUCAAGUGGAGCAUAUGAUUUCGAAUCAACCGACCAAUCCCAAUAAAGAUAAAAUCGAUAAACUAAAAAAAAAAACUGUUAAAAACGACUUAUACUGUUGUAGUAGAGGUGAAUUGAUCUUCAUAUCAGCUGAUAAAGAUAUGGAUCUCAUGACAGCAUUACACGACAGGAAUGAAUAUCGAUUCGCGUAA